AUGUUAUCUUUAAAAUUUAAAAAUAUUAGACGCUGCUAUAUGAACCAAAAUUUAAGAGAUAUUUUAAAGAGAGAAGUUGAAGAAAUUGAAGAUUGGUGGAACUCACCACGUUUCAAGGAUAUUAAACGGUUGUACACAGCGGAAGAUAUUGCCAAACAUAGGGGUUCACAAUCACUCAAUAAAGUUAAAUAUGCAUCAUCUAUCCAAGCACGAAAACUAUUUGAAGAUUUAGAAAAUAGAUUUGAAAAACGAUUACCAUUACAUACACUUGGAAUUAUCGAUCCAGUACAGAUGUCACAAUUAGCUAAAUGUAAAAAUAUUGGUGCUGCUUAUAUUUCUGGAUGGGCGUGUUCCUCGACAUUUGUCGGAUCCACAAACGAAGUAUCACCUGACUUUGGUGAUUACCCAUAUGACACGGUGCCACGUCAAGUGGAAAGAAUAUUUAAAGCACAGCAGUUACAUGACCGUAAGUCAAGGUUGGCUGCAUUAACAAAAGGAAAUGAAAAAUUUGUUGAUUAUUUAAAGCCAAUUAUUGCAGAUGGAGACAUGGGGCAUGGAGGCCCUUCAACCGUAAUGAAGUUAGCCAAGUUAUUUGCUGAAAAAGGUGCUGCAGCGAUUCAUUUAGAAGAUCAAUUAGUUGGUGGGAAGAGAUGUGGCCACUUGGGAGGAACCGUUCUUGUACCAACAAGCACGCAUUUAACUAGACUAUUGGCAACAAGAUUUCAAUGGGACGUUAUGGGAACAGAGAAUAUAAUAAUUGCAAGAACCGACUCCUGCAAUAGUAAAUUAUUAAGUAGUAAUAGUGAUCCAAGAGAUCAUAAAUAUAUCAAAGGUAUAAUUACGCCAGAUACAAAUGCAUGGAGUGAGACCGUUAUUGAUUUAGAAAUGAAGGAAGUCCCACAAAACCAAAUUAGUGACGCGGAAAAUGAGUGGUAUGGAACAAAUGAACUCUGUACAAUCGAUGAAGCCAUUAAAUUACAAACAACGUCAGGUGAAUACAAUAAAUAUGUUGAUUUAACCAACAAAGUUAUGAAACAGAAAGAUAGACAUUAUUUAAGCAUAAGGGAAAGACUACAACUUGCUAAACAAUGCGCUCCAACAAAAGACAUUUAUUUUGAUUAUGAAGCACCAAGAACCAAAGAAGGAUACUUUAUGUUUAAUGGGUGUAUGGAAGCAGCCAUUGAACGUUCUAAAACCUUUGCCCCUUUUGCUGACAUGCUGUGGCUGGAGACAAAAACACCAGAUUUAACUCAAGCCAAAUCAUUUGCUAAUGAGAUUCAUAAGGAGUUAAAAAAUUCCAAGUUUGUUUAUAAUCUAUCCCCAAGUUUCAAUUGGUCAAAGCACGGAUUCAUAGACGAAACAUUGAAAUCAUUUAUAUGGGAUCUAGCUAACGAAGGGUUUGUACUUCAAUUAGUCUCGCUUGCAGGUUUACAUAUUGAUGGUGUUUCAUUUUGGGAGGUUGCGAGAAGAUUUGAAACCGAAGGUAUGAAGGCAUAUGUUGAAUUAGUUCAACAGAAAGAAAGAAACCUAAACUGUGAUAUAUUGACACAUCAAAAAUGGUCUGGUGCAGAAUUUGUUGAUUCUACACUACAAAUCAUUCAAAAUGGUUCAUCUUCACAAACUUUAAGUAUGAGUGGUGAUAACUAUACAGAAAGCCAAUUUAAAUAA